AUGAAGGUAUUAUGUGUAGCGGAAAAGAAUUCCAUUGCCAAAUCAGUAUCGCAGAUUUUGGGAGGUGGUAGAUCCACUAUAAGGGAUUCCACAUACACGUAUGUGAAGAAUUAUGAUUUCCAAUAUUCUGGAUUCCCCUUCGGUAAUGGACAGGAUUGUCAAGUUACUAUGACUAGUGUUGCUGGCCAUUUAACUAGUGUUGAUUUUAGAGGUGAUAUUUAUGGUUGGGGUAAAUGUCCCAUAUAUGAAUUAUUUGAUGCACCUUUGAGCACCGAGAUGGAUUCCAAUCAAAAGAAGAUUGCAUCGAAUAUUCAAAAGGAAGCACGAAAUGCAGAUUUCCUAAUGAUUUGGACUGAUUGUGAUCGUGAAGGUGAAUAUAUUGGUUGGGAAAUCUUACAAGAGGCUGAACGCGGUAAUAGACGAUUAAAUGAGCAACAGGUAUAUAGGGCCAAUUUCUCCCAUUUGGAAAGAAGACAUAUAUUAGAUGCUGCUCGAAGACCACAACGGUUAGAUAUGAAGAGUGUUAGUGCGGUGAGGACGCGGAUGGAACUAGAUUUACGAACUGGUGUGACAUUUACAAGAUUAUUGACAGAUACUAUGAAACAGAAAGUGGAAGCAAGUCGAUUACAAGUGAAUAAUAAUAGCAAUAAUAACAAUAUUCAAAAUAAUCAAAAUCAUCAUAAGAAGAAGAAGGACUCGCCUGUGAUUGUAUCGUAUGGUGCAUGUCAAUUUCCAACAUUAGGGUUUGUGGUGGAUAGAUUUGAAAGAAUUGAAAAUUUUGUAUCUGAAGAAUUUUGGUAUAUACAAUUACAGAUUAAGAAUGCAGAUACUGGAGAUUCUACGACGUUCCAAUGGGAUCGAGGGCAUUUAUUUGAUAGGUUGAGUGUGUUAACGUUUUACGAGAGUUGUAUUGAGACGGCCGGUGAUAAAGCCAAAGUGGUAGACUUAAAAUCGAAACCUACAUCCAAAUACCGACCAUUACCCUUAACUACAGUUGAAUUACAAAGAAAUUGUGCUCGAUUUCUUCGAAUGAACGCAAAGAAAUCAUUGGCUGCGGCAGAAAAACUAUACCAAAAGGGGUUUGUAUCGUAUCCCAGAACAGAAACUGACACGUUCCCUCAAAAUAUGGAUUUAAAAUCGUUAGUAGAAAAACAGGCUCAAUUGGACCAACCCGGUAAUAACAAGACAGCAUGGGCGUCGUACGCGGAGAGUUUAAUUUCAGAAUCAUCCUCGAGUAAUAAUAAAUUCCGAUUCCCUCGUAGUGGUAGCCAUGACGAUAAGGCACAUCCACCUAUCCAUCCCAUUGUACCCGUAUCGGGCAAUGCAAAUUUGAAUAUUGAUGAGAAACGAGUGUAUGAGUAUAUUGUUAGGCAUUUCCUUGCCUGUUGUUCCGAGGAUGCUAAGGGUCAAUCCACUACAUUAAUAUUGGAUUGGGCAGGUGAAAAAUUCAGUGCAAGUGGGUUAAUUGUGCUAGAGAGGAAUUUUCUUGAUGUUUAUCCCUGGGCCAAAUGGGAGACUACUAAGAGAUUACCACGAUUGGAGAUGAACGAAGAAUGUGAGAUCUCGAAGGCAGACAUGUUAUCUGGUAAUACGUCGCCUCCGAAGCCCAUGACAGAAAGUGAAUUGAUUAUGCUUAUGGAUGCCAAUGGGAUUGGUACGGAUGCCACGAUUGCUGAUCAUAUCGACAAGAUUCAAGUGAGACAGUACAUUCGAAGUGAGAAAGUGGGGAAGGAGACGUUUUUGCAACCUACAAUUCUGGGUGUAGCGUUGGUCCACGGGUUUGAGACCAUUGGAUUGGAGGACUCAUUCGCUAAGCCCUUCCAACGCAGAGAGAUGGAGGAGGACUUGAAGAAGAUAUGUGAGGGCCGGCUAUCCAAGGAGGAAGUGAUAGUCGACAUAGUGGGCAAGUAUCGUGAUUACUGGCAGCGGACCAACAGUGCCAAGAACACGCUGCUCGAAGUGUUUGACCGGGUUCGCCAAAGUAUGUCCUAG